CGUUCUCUGAUUGGCUGCUCUGUUAGAGAGACUCAGCUGCUGCCGGACUUUGUGUCACUUUGUUCUCAGAGAUUCAGACUCAGAAACCUGCUGCUGAUGAUGAUGAUGAAGAUGAAGCUGGUUCUGGUUGUGCUUUGUGUUCUCUGCGUCUCUGCUGAAGUUCUUCAUGAGGACUUUAAUAUCGUUGGCUGUUCAAAGACGGGGAAUGGAGAGGUGAUGUACGCUCUGGACGGUGAAGAGAAGUGGUACGCAGACUUCAACCAACAGAAAGGAGUCGAGCCUCAGCCCAGUUUUAUAGAUCAUAUGAGCUACGUGGAAGGAGCUUAUGAACAGGCUGUGGCUAAUGUACAGAUCUGCAAAACAAACCUGGACAUUGUUUCUAAGGCUUAUAACAACACUCGACUGGAGCUGGUUGUGUUUCCUACAGACCCUCCUUCUGGUCCAGUCGUCUACACCAAAGACGAGGUGGAGCCUGGAGUGAAAAACACUCUGAUCUGCUUUGUGACUGGUUUCUAUCCUGCUCCGGUCAAAGUCCACUGGACCAAGAAUGGAGACAAAGUGACAGAAGGAACCAGCAUCAACGUCCCGUAUCUGAACAAAGACUCCACCUUCCAGCAGAUCUCCAGGCUGGAGUUCACGCCCCAGCAGGGAGACAUGUACAGCUGCAGCGUGGAGCAUCCGGCCCUGGAGGAACCGCUCACCAGACUCUGGGACGUUCAGGUGCAGCAGCCCAGCGUUGGACCGGCCGUGUUCUGUGGACUGGGUCUGACCAUCGGUUUACUGGGGGUCGCAGCUGGAACCUUCUUCCUCAUUAAGGGAAACGAGUGCAGCUGAUUGGUUCAAACAGAAUGAAGACGUUGAUCUGUCAGUUUGUGUCUCAACUGUUUCAGCUGAAGCUUGUAAAUAAUGUUUCUGAUUCACUGCAGCUCCAACAUUUAUCAGUUAUAAACAUGACAAUGAAUAAAACAAUCACACAAUG